UAUUGCCAGUCUUUUGUGGAAAAUUACGGUGUUCGAUGAUAUUAUUGCCAUAUAGGAAGCAUCAGUUUGUGUGUAACUGAAUCUUGUGAGAAGCAAUAUUUAUUGGUGUAAUACUCCAUGGUCGGACUUUGAUGAUGAACUUAACUCUGGAUUAAAGGAAUGAAUCGUUUUAUUUUCGAUAUUAAUUGAAGUGUCUAUGAACUGGAAAACUUAAAUGUUUUUUUGCGAAAAGAAUUUUAGUUCGAUUAAUACUAUGCAAGACAGUGCGAAAUCAUUUUUAAUAAGGGACUUAUUGAGUGAUUUGAUCGAGACCAAUCAACAAAAUGAUGAUUCUCAUCACUCAAAUGAAUCGGAAGAGGAUAUGGAAAUCGACAUUGAAGAUCGAUCAUCAUCCGGAUCGGAAAAUACAGACUUUCGCAGCCAACUCACACAUACAGGAAUGUCAGACAAUGAAUGCGAUAAACUUGGAUUGGAUUUGAAGCUUAGCUCAACGGGAAAACAGGGCCGUAAGCCACGGCGACGAAGAACUGCCUUUACACAUGCUCAAUUAGCCUAUUUAGAACGAAAAUUUCGAUGUCAAAAAUACUUGUCCGUUGCCGAUCGAAGUGAUGUUGCGGAUGCUUUAAAUUUAUCCGAAACUCAAGUGAAGACAUGGUAUCAAAACCGACGAACUAAAUGGAAAAGACAGAACCAAUUACGACUGGAGCAAUUAAGGCACCAAGCAAAUCUCGAGAAGGAAAUGAUUUCCAAUGAACAUUCAGCGUCGGCUUUAACUUGUUGUCCAACAUCAAUAUCAUCAUUUUCGCCGAACGCUUGUUCGUUCUUAACAUCGGCGGCAGCAGCAGCUAUAUUCCGUAAUGUGAACUAUGUGCAUGGGUGUCAGAUGUGAAGAUAACGUAAUUGAUUGAACGAAAAGUGUAAAUAGCAUUUUUGCGAAUAUGUGCAAUUUUUAGGACCGGGAGGCCGGUCGAAUCUUUUAUUGAAAAUAAAUGUAACUCCAAAAAUG